UCUUAGUCUAGCUAGACAUUUAUCAAUUUUAUUGAUCUUUUCAAAGAAUCAGCUCUUAUUUCAUUGAUUUUCUCAGAAUAAACAUGUUAAGUACUAUUUCCCACAUCUCUCUCUUUCAUGUCACCCAAUACCGAACUCUCUGGCUUGAGCAGAAACGUGCUGGCCAGGAGUCCGUGUCAUUCAAGGACGUGACUGUAACCUUCACCCGGGACGAGUGGCUGCAACUGACGGGCACGCAGAGGACCCUGUACCGGGAUGUGAUGCUGGAGAACUACAGCCACCUGGUGUCCGUGGGGUGCUGCAUCACCAAACCAGAGGUGAUCUUCAAGCUGGAGCAAGGGGAAGAGCCGUGGCCACGAGAGGGAGAGCUGCCUGGCUGGAGGGACCCAGACAGAAGCCAGGAAAACCAAGAUAAACAUUUGUGGCGAGUUUCACUCAUUGACAAAAAUACACAGACUAAGAAGAGAGAUAAUGUUUUCAGAAAAACACCCUGUCAGUAUGACUUAUGUGGAAUGAGUUUGAAUAAUGUUUUGGAAUCAAUUAUUAGUGAUAAAAAUCCUUCAAGUAAGAACUCUGAUGAAAUUAAUACAUGUGGGAAGUUGCUCCUUGGUAAUAAUCGAGAAACUACUCAUACUGGAAAGAAAUCUGAUGAACAUAACCAAGAUGGGAAAUCCCAAGGUCAUAAUGAGGACCCUGUUGAGCAACAGAAAAGUCACCUUUUGGGACCACCUUCUGAAGGUAAUGAUGGUGGAGCAGCCAUCCUUAGUGAGGCACCCAUCACGACAGCUCGGAGGGCCCAAGCAGAAGAGAAAUCCCGGGAUUAUAAGGAGCAGGGGGCAAACAGCAGUGACAGGUCAACCCUCGAAGUCCAGCAAGAAUCUCACACAGGGAAGGCUCACUCUGCAGUGAACGGGUGCGAGAAGCCAACCCUCGAUGAACAUCAGGAAGUUAAUGUGGAGGAGAAAACCCGUGAAUGGAAUGAAACUGAGAAUAAUCUCAGGAAGAAGUCCCAUCUCAUUCAACCUCAUAAAACUCAAACAGGAGAGAGAACAUUUGGAUGUAGUCAUUGCAAGAAAUCUUUUUAUCAAGAGUCCCACCUCAUUCAACAUCAGAAGACACACACGAGAGAGGAACUGUGUGAAAGUAAUAAAAGUGGAAGAGCCUUUCAGAAAUCAGAACCCACUGCCCCUCAAAGAACUCACACAGGAGAGGAGCCCAGUGAAUGCCGUGAAGCCCCUGGGUGGUCAGCCAUUGCUGACCAGCAGAGAACACAGCCGGGAAAGAAGCUUUAUGUAUGCAGUGAGUGCAAGAAGUCUUUUCGUCACAGCUCAGCCCUGAAAGUCCAUCAGAGAAUUCACACAGGAGAGAAGCCCUAUCAGUGUAAGGAUUGCGGGAAGUCCUUCUACGCAAAGUCAAACUUCAACCAUCAUCAGAGGACUCACACGGGGGAGAAGCCAUAUGAAUGUAAGGAUUGUGGGAAAUCCUUCUGUGUGAAAUCAAACCUCACUAAACAUCAGAAAACGCACACAGGGGAGAAACCUUUCAAAUGCAAUGAGUGUGGGAAAACAUUCUUACAGAAAUCACAGUUUGCCGAUCAUCAGAGAACACACACAGGGGAGAAACCCUACAAAUGUAAUGAAUGUGGAAAAUCCUUCUACUAUAAGUCAGCCUUACACGUACAUCAGGGGAAGCAUACAGAAGAGAAACCCUAUAAAUGUACAGAGUGUGGGAAAUCCUUCUGCUAUAAGUCAGCCCUGAUUAUACAUCAAGUAUCUCACACAGGGAAGAAACCCUAUGACUGUAAUGAAUGUGGAAAAACCUUCUGCGUGAAGUCAAAUCUCACUAAACAUCAGAAAAUCCACACAGGUUUGAAACCCUAUGAGUGUAAUGAGUGUGGCAAAUCUUUCUCCAUGAAUUCGAUCCUCACUGUACAUCAGAGAACUCACACGGGGGAGAAACCCUAUGGAUGCAAUGAAUGUGAGAAAUCCUUCUACAAAAAGUCAGCCCUCACUAAACAUCAGAAAACUCACACAGGGGAGAAACCACAUGAAUGCAACGAAUGUGGGAAAGCCUUCCAUAUGAAAUCAACCCUCAUUAUACACCAGAGAACCCACACUGGAGAGAAACCCUUUAAAUGUAAUGAAUGUGAAAAGGCAUUCUACGUGAAGUCGCUUCUUAACAUUCACCAGAGGAACCACACAGGAAAGAAACCCCACGUCUGCAAAGAAUGCGGGAAAGCCUUUUCCAUGAAGUCAAACCUCGCUGACCAUCAGAGAACACAUUCGGAGGAGAAACCCUAUGAGUGUAAUGAAUGUCAGAAGACCUUUCGCCACAAGUCAACCUUAACUGUACACCAGAGAACUCACACAGGGGAGAAACCCUACAAAUGCAGUGACUGUGGGAAAGCCUUCUCUAUGAAGUCAGCCCUCAGUCAGCACCACAGAAUACACACCGGGGAGAAACCUUACGAAUGCAAAGAAUGUGGGAAAACUUUCUUCCAGAAGUCACACCUCACUAAACACCAGCGAACACACACAGGGGAGAAGCCUUACGAGUGUAAGGAAUGUGGGAAAACCUUCUUCCAGAAGUCACACCUCAUUGAACAUCAGAGAACCCACACUGGGGAGAAGCCCCAUGAGUGUAAUAAAUGUGGAAAGUCUUUCUGUUACAAGUCAGCGCUAACUAUACAUCAGAGGACUCACAUAGAAGAGAAACCCUACAAGUGCGACGAAUGUGAGAAAUCUUUCUGUAUGAAAUCGCACCUCACUGUACAUCAGAGGACUCACACAGGGAAGCACCCUUUUGAAUGUAAUGAAUGUGGGAAGACUUUUUAUGUGAAGUCAAACCUCGUUAAUCAUCAGAGAACUCACACAGGGGAGAAGCCCUAUGAAUGUAGGAGAUGUGGGAAGUCCUUCUGCAUGAAGUCGACCCUCACGGUCCACCAGCGCACACACACGGGGGAGAAGCCCUACGAGUGUGACGCGUGUGGGAAGUCCUUCUGCAAGAAGUCGACUCUCACAAAACAUCAGGCGAUUCACACACGAGAGAUACCGUAAGAGGCAGAGAAAUGUGGGAAGUCCUCCUCUGUGAAGUCAUGUUUUGUCCCACCUUCGAGAACUCACGGGAGGAGCCUUAUGAAUGUAAUAACAUGGAGACUCUCUUCUGUGUGGAUUCAGUCUUUCAUUGGCAGCAGGAGGCACAUGGGUGGGGUUGGAGGGUGUUCCAUGAAUGAAGUGAAUACUGGGGACUGCUGUGUCAUGCCUUACUAAAUGUCAGACUGCGUCAGGAGAGAGGGCUCCGGGGACACUUUUAGUAUCCACCUCCGAAACAACUGUAUGCUUCAGAGAAGCCAUGGGAAAAACACAAAGAAAGCAACAAAAGUAUUAAAGUGUUUACAAAGUCGCAACUGACUGAGUAUCAGGUAAUUGAUAGUGGACUGAAAGUAUAUAAACGUUUUAUUUACAAAAGCUUUCAAGAAAAAAACUUACUAUAUAAGAAAAGAAUUAGUACUGAGGGGAAAUCUAUCAAUUUAGGAAAUACAGAUUCAUUUUUUUCCCUCCAGAAAUAAUGUAAUACUGGAAGUGAUCCCAGGGUACCGACUUUUGAAAAUGUGAAAUAAGAUGUAUCUGAUGCCACUGAUGCUCACUGGCGGCAUGUGGACACAGGCCGUAGCAGCAGACUGCCUGCCUUAGGCGCUUGACGUGCACCUGAGGUAAGAAGGCUUCGGUCCAUCGGUAAGCGAGGUGCCGAGGUGGAGUGUGUUUGAUUUCCACGGCGGAUGUCAAGAUAGUUGUUGGCAGGAAAUGCCUCCCCAUAGCUUAGUAACUAUCAUGAGGGUUCUCUCACUGAAUGCCACCAGGGUUUCUUUGUACUUUGACAGUGCAGUAUACGUUAUAAGUGACAUAUUUGACAAAUCGGAAGCACUGUGCCAAAACAUACUGUUUGUUUUUUUUUAGUAAAAGUAGAUUUAUUUAGAGAGAUGGACAUGGGAGAGGGGGGUGGCUGGUUAAAGUAAAGGUAGAUGCAUGCUCCCUAGGUAAGAGCGAGGCCACCCUGGAAGGCAAGUGACCUACCAUGACAUAUUAUUAAGUGGGAAAAUCAGAGUACAGAGAAUUGUAUACAGCCUGCUGCUUUUUGCGUAAGAAUUCAGAGGAACCACAUAUACAUACUGUUGCUUAUUUCUGCAAAGAGAAACACUGGAAGGAUAAACCCCCAGCUAUUAAAAAUGAGAAGCUGGGCGGCAGCGGCAAGCAGGAGGCAGUGGGAGGAGUGGAAGCAAGGUUUCUCUGAUUUUACCUUUUGACGAAAUUUUGACUUUUGAACAAAUGUAAAUGAUUUACACAUUCAAAAGUGAGCAAAAGCAGAUUCUGAAAUUGAAAACAAAGAGACAAAUCAGCUUGAUAUCAAAUUGGCAACCUAACCACACACAAAAUAAUUCUUUGAAGAAACUUCUGCACGUUGUAUCGUGACUAUACGUCCUUAACACGUUGAUCGCCACGUCACCUGACUCUGGGUGACAGUCGUGCUUCCUCGGGGGCACCCAAUCCACAAUGGGUGAUCAGCGUGUUAAUGGGAUGUGUUUAAGGACAAAAAGGCCUGCAAAAAAUUGUAAAAUUACCACCAGCCUUCAUGUUAAUAUUAGUGUUUGAAUCUGUUUUGUGUAUAUUGUAGGAUAAAGCAAAAAAAAAGUUACUAGGAACCAAAAUUUCCAGUUUAAGAGAAGAGAUGACCAUAAAAACUAAAUAAUUUAGGUAAAACAGCCUAAAUGGAGGGGGAAGGGUACAGCUCAGUGGUAGAGUGUGUGCUUAGCAUGCACCAGGUCCUGGGUUCAAUCCCCAGUACCUUCAUUAAAAAAUUUAAAAAAAAUUGUCUAAAUGAUAAAUACAAAUUGAAAAUAUCACACAUUAUUUUUUUAAAUUAUGUUAUUUCAUAGCUGUGUCCACUGAGUGGCACCCCCACAGUGAUGAGCAAAUUCUGUCCCCAGCAUUGCCCACUACACAGAACUAGGACCUUGGAGAAAUAGUUGAGUGUAGGUCUGGCCCUUAAAUGUCCAAGGUGAGCCUCUUGGUCAGAAACGGAGGAGGCACUCAGAGAUUAGUGGGGACAUGGCAAAGGUCACAGAAGCUGGCUUCUGGUCAGAUGUGAGGUAAUUUGAUUGCCAAACAGAAUGACCAACUGACAGUAACAUUCAAAUAACCAAAAAUCUGACUCCACAGCAAUACACACAAAACAGAGAAAGGAGCUAAGUUCAUUUCCACCCCUGGAGGUGAAUCUUAAACUGCUUACUCUGUGAUUAGAGGGAAAGAACUAGGCUUCCAGCCUGUCCUUUUAGUAGGAGCAGUUUUUCAUCCUGUUCUAGGAAGGCUUUCGUUAUAGAAAAAUAUCAGCUAAUAGAUGUAGAAGGAAUGACAGAAUUGGAAAAUCGCUAAUUUGCAACCUCUAGUGCAUCUAGAUGGAUGUUCAGAGAAUUAGAGGCAAAGGAAGCAGUGUGUCUGUGCGGUGCCAGCGUGUCACCCACAGGCGCCCUACACACUGAAACUGGAGAAAGGGUACCUUCACAGUGGAAUGACUGACUGCCUCACGUUAACCAAGUGACCGAAUGUAGCAUUACUAACAGCAGUGACAUUGUAUCUUUUGAGAUAAAAUAUGAAAUGCUUACAUUACACUGUUGUGUAUUCUUACCAAAAUAUUUCAUAUGAAUCUAAUCAACUGUAUAUUAGUCUUUUAGUUUAUAGUAAGCACAGGAAAUAGAGGAACAGCUUCAGGGAAGGGGACAAUCAGACAAAUCUAGAAUGUGGGGCCUUUAUCGAGACAACUGGCCUGGUCUCUUCAAAAGUCAGGAUUUUAAAAGGAGAAAAGCAGGGAAAGACAGCUUUUUGAUUCAGAGAGACAUAAUCAAAUGCAGUGUCUGAACCUUGAUUGGACCCAAAAGUCAUCUGGUUCAAGAGGACAUCGACAUAGAUAUUUUAGAGGCAGCUGGAGGAAACUGAAUGUGGGAUGGGUAUUAGGUGGUAUUAGGAAAUUAGAGUUAAUUUUUUAAACUGGUAUCAAUGUGGUUCUGAACAUUAGUGUGUGUGUGUGCGUGUGUGCGUGCACAUAUGUGUAGGACACGCAUGCUGACCACGGAGAGGUGAGCUAUCAGGAUGUCUGCAGCGCUGAUAUGAUCCAGGGAGAAAUGCAUCCACGAGUAGACGAAGCAAACUUAGCAAAAUUAUAGCAAGUGUUGAACUCAGUGGUAGGCACGUUGGUAUUCACUGUAUUUUCCUUAAAAGAGCUCUGAAAAUUUUUGUAAAAGCUUUUGGGCAAGUAUCACAUCAUGUAUCUGUUCUCUUACUGUUUUCUGGUAUACGUAUUUAAAUAAAGGUGUCCAGGGUUACUGAUCUGCUCUUCAAUAAAGCCAACAAUGCCUUUUUUUUU